CUAAAAUAGGUGUCCUAAUUUGUCUAUUUCAUUCUUUUUUUCCCAUCAUUUUUCUAUUAAAGUAGUCGACCUUCUUGACUGGUUACGAUUGCAGAUCGGUUCUGAAUAAUAAGUGCAUUUCUUUUUCAUCUCUUUUUCUUUUUUUUAAUAUGAUUCGCUCUGCACUGCAGAAUUCCUAUAUCAAAGCUUGCUUAAACCCUUCCCGUACCGCUCCCGUCAAGAAAUUCGCCAUGUCCACUAGAAACAUUGUCUCUUCUGUUGCUAUUCCAAAGCUCAAGGAUCAAUCUUUAUUCAAAGAAUCUGGAUUUAUCAACAACGAGUGGACAACCAAGGACAUUACUGAAAAGUUCACUGUUUAUGAUCCUGCUACUGAUAAAGAGAUUGGCCAAUUGCCUGAUAUGGGUGCUAAAGAAACUAAAGAAGCUAUCCAAGCAGCCUCUGAAGCCUUCAAGUCAUGGUCUAAAACAACCGGUAAGCAACGCCAUGAUCUUUUGAUUAAGUGGUAUCAAGCCAUGAUGGAAAACCAAGAGGAUUUGGCUACUAUCUUGACCUGGGAAAAUGGUAAAACAUGGACUGAAGCCAAGGGUGAAGUUGCUUAUGCUGCUUCUUUUUAUGAGUGGUUUGCUGAAGAAGCUGUGCGUGCUUAUGGUACUGUGAUUCCUUCUCAUAUUCCUGGUCAACGCUUUGUGACGAUCAAACAACCUGUUGGUGUGGUGGGCAUCAUUACCCCAUGGAAUUUCCCUGCUGCUAUGAUUACCCGUAAAGUAGGUGCUGCCCUUGCUGCAGGUUGUACUGUUGUUAUUAAGCCUGGUGCUGAAACACCUUACACUGCUUUGGCUUUGGCUGAACUCGCUAAGCGUGUUGGUAUUCCUCCUGGUGUAGUCAACAUUGUGCCUACUGAAAAGAACGUUGCUGAAGUAGGUAAGGAGUUAUGUACAAACCCUAUUGUUAAGAAGAUCUCUUUCACUGGUUCUACGGCUGUGGGUAAAUUGUUGAUGUCUCAAUCUUCAGGUACCAUGAAAAAGGUGUCUAUGGAACUCGGUGGUAAUGCUGCCUUUAUUGUCUUUGAUGAUGCUGAUGUGGAUGCUGCUGUGGAUGCUGUCAUUGCUUGUAAAUUCAGAGGCAGUGGUCAAACAUGCGUUUCUGCUAAUCGUAUCUAUGUUCAAAAGAGUGUCUACAAGGACUUCUCAUCCCGUCUUGCUGAAAAAGUCAACAAAUUCCAAGUAGGUCAUGGUUUUGAUGAAAAGACAACCCAUGGUCCUUUGAUCAACUCCAAGGGUAUUGAUAAAGUAAAGAGACAUGUUGAAGAUUCUGUUUCAAAGGGUGCUCAGAUCUUGGCUGGUGGUAAGCAUCAUGGUGGUAACUUCUUUGCUCCUACUGUCCUGGGUGACAUGACUGCUGAUAUGGAAAUCCAUUCUGAAGAAACAUUCGGUCCUGUUGCUGCCUUGUUUCCAUUUGAGACUGAACAAGAUGUCAUCUCUUUGGCUAAUGACACACCUUUUGGCUUGGCUAACUACUUCUUUUCUCGUGAUAUUGGCAGAUGCUGGCGUGUGGCUGAAAACUUGGAAAGCGGUAUGGUGGGUGUAAAUACAGGUAUUAUUUCAAGCUGCUAUGCUCCAUUUGGUGGUGUGAAGGAAUCUGGCGUAGGUCGUGAAGGCAGUAAAUUUGGCCUUGAUGAUUAUAUGAACAUCAAAUACAUCAAUAUGGGCGGUAUUUAAUAUGUAUAAUAAUAACAAUAAAGGAAUUUAUUAAUCA